AUGAUUCUGUGUGAUCAGCUCGCACGCAACAUUUGGCGUGGAACCAAAGAAGCGUAUGCGUACGAAGCAAUUACCAAAGAUAUUUCUCGGGAACUCGCCAUUGCCUUGGUAUCGUCGGCUCCGACAAUCCCAGAGAUGCCGACUUUGGGACCCAGCGUGGAUGGGUUGGACCACGGUGAGGUCUAUCCGCCAUAUUUGGCAUUCAUUCUGGUGGCACUGAUGCACUCGGAAACUAUCGAGGACCACGAUUUGUGUGAUGAAUUGUUUCAACUGGCCAUUGAGACAACGCAGCCCCAUUUACAUGUGUACUUUGAAGGAGAGCAAAAGGUGGCUCGGGAACACCGAGUAGUACUGGAGGCUUUUGGGAGAUACCCGUACCGCAACGCAGUUCUAGGGAGGAAGACAACACCCGAAGAGGCUGCAUGGUUGGCAAAGAAGGAAAACAUGCCUGACUGGGCCAAAAGCCAAUAG